CAGGUCCUCUACAGGAGGGAGGUAGCUGCCCAAGAAAAGGGCACUGUUCACAAUUGGGGAAUCAAUACAAAUUAAUCACAAAUAGAGUUCCUCAACUACUACUUUCUUCCAAUUGAAACAAAUCUCCAUUAUCCUUGCUUUGUCUUUGCUUCUGUUCCAGGUUAGAGAUGGGUUCACUGUUGAUGCCAAGACCCAUAUCUUUGUCGCCGUUCAUGUGUCUAAUCCUGCUCUGCUUGACUUCAUUCCCUGCAAUUUUAAUGGCCGAAGACGAUGACACACAGCUGACUCCUUACGAAGUCCUUCAACAGUAUGAUUUCCCAGUUGGGGUUGUGCCAAAAUCUGUAAUUGGGUAUGAAUUGGACAGAUCUACUGGGAAGUUCACUGGUUAUUUGAAUGGUAGCUGUAGCUUCUCUCUGAUCGGAUCCUACCAGCUCAGAUACCAGUCCACCAUCACAGGCUAUAUCUCCAAAGAUAAGCUUACUCAAUUGAAAGGCGUCACUGUUAAGGUGCUCCUGUUUUGGCUUAAAAUCGUCGAGGUUGUUCGGAGCAACGACGAGCUUCAAUUCUCUGUGGGGAUCGCUUCUGCUUCUUACGCCAUUGAAAAUUUCCUGGAGUCACCGCAGUGUGGUUGUGGCUUCGAAUGCGAUGAUGAGUUAUCAAAGGAAAUUGAAGGGAACCGCUUUGUCUCUGCUUCUUAGAGAACUUGAUUGCAGGGUUGUUAAUGGAGUACUUUGGUAAUGUUACAUUUUAUCCUCUUUCACUUUUAUUAAGGCUGUUUGGUUGUAAAGAAAAGUUUUGUUUUUCCUUACAACAAAAAUUUUAGAGUCGGCCGUUUUAGAACAUCUAAAUCAUGGUUUAGCUGUAUCUGAUUCUGAUUUUUGAAACCAUGGCAAUGGAAUUUGAUUUUAGUAGUGUGCUA